GUCUGCCAAAACAGUGGGCUGCAUCUUCUGUACUGACCUCCACACCCAGAUUCUUCAGUUUCCAGCCCGAAAACCAAGAUGGAGGUGUACCAGGUGACACUCAGGACUUCACAAGAGAAACGCGCGGGAACCUACUGUACAGCUCGGGUCACGCUAGUGGGCACGGAUGGAGAGAGUCUUCCCACAUCCCUUGACUACACGCAGCAGCACCUUACAGCCGGUUCAGCUUGCGUCAUCACAGUGAAAACGCAGAAGCCUUUGGGCACUAUAGCGCUGGUGCGCCUGCGUUUAGAGAACCGGCCCGGUUUCCCUGAAAUGGACUGGUACUGCCAGGGGGUUGAGGUGAAGACAGGCGGCGGCGAAGACCAUGAUUACUUCCCCUGCGAUAAAUGGCUACAAACGGCAGAUGGUGACGUCGAGCUGCGGAACGGUAAAAUGUGCCUUCUAAGCUCAGAGACAUUGCAGAUCCUAAAGGAUCACCGGCUGAAAGAGCUGCAGUCCAAACAGCAACAUAUCAGGUGGCGUAUAUAUGCAGAGGGUGUCCCACACUGUGCAGAUAUGGCCAGCCUGAAGCCAUUGGGACCCAACCUCAGUUACAGCCGUCAGAGCACAGGCGCUGAUCUGCAGUAUCUGAGGGGUUUUGCAGAGACGGCCAGCUCAUGGAGCAGCUUUGGGGAGCUGGAGACACUGUUUGCCUUCAAUGCCGGAGACAACGCCAUUGCUAAGUACGUGCAGGCCCACUGGUCAGAGGACUCUUUCUUCGGCUACCAGUGCCUCAAUGGCUGCAACCCUCUGAUGGUCCGUCAGAUCCGCCAUGUCCCUCCUAACAUGGCCGUCUCCUCCAGCAUGCUCCGCCCCUUCCUGCCUGAGGGCUCCUCAUUGGAGCAGGAGAUGGAGCAAGGAACCAUUUUCCUCUUGGAUUAUGAGGUUGUGGAUGGAGUCCCACCCAACACUAUUAACGGUGUACAACAGUACCUGGCAGCCCCUCUGUGUCUUCUACAUUAUGACCAGCAGGGGGUGCUAAAACCCAUUGCAAUUCAGCUACAACAGACUCCUGGACCACAGAAUCCAGUGUUUGUGCCCUCUGACCCUGAACCUGAUUGGCUGCUGGCGAAGAUAUGGGUUCGCUGUGCAGACUUCCAGUGCCACCAGCUGAUUUCUCACUUCCUGAUCACUCAUCUCCUUGGAGAGGUCUAUUGCAUUGCCACCCUCAGGCAACUUCCAGAAAUACACCCUCUGUACCAGGUGCUGAUGCCACACAUGCGCACCACUCUUCAGAUCAACAUCCAGGCUCGAGUCUCUCUCCUGUCACAGGGUGGUGUGUUCGACAAGUCCAUAGCAUGCGGUCUGGAGGGGAUACCAGUGCUUCUGCGACGCGGUACAGAGCGGCUGACAUACCGCACCCUCUGUGUGCCGGACAACCUGAGCGACAGGGGGGUGCAGGAGCUGCCCAUCAGUUACUACGCCCAGGAUGCCCUGAGAGUGUGGGGUGCCCUGCACAGCUUUGUGGAGAGCUGGCUGGACCUGUUCUACCCCAGUGACUUGGCAGUCCAGCAGGAUGCAGAGCUACAGAACUGGAUCCAGGAGAUCUUCACACAUGGUCCCCUGGGACAGGAGCAGUCAGGAUUCCCACAGGCCUUCCAGACUAAGAUGGAGCUGUGCAAAUUUGUUACCAUGGUGAUCUUCAGCUGUUCAGCACUGCACGCUGCUGUCAACUUCUCUCAGUUGGAUUUUAACCUGUGGAUGCCCAACUGCCCGGCGACAAUGUCCCGCCCCCCUCCCCAGUCCAAAGGGACGGCUACCAUGGAGGACCUCUUGAGCAUUCUGCCAGCUGUCAAUGCCACCUGCAGCGUCCUGAUCACCCUAUCCCUGCUGUCCCAACCUGCCGUCGCCUACGUUCCUCUGGGUCACUAUCGUGAGCAACAGUUCAACAGCGGGGCCCCCCAGAGGCUGGUGGAGACAUUGCAGAAGGAGCUGAGAGCCAUUGUAGGUGAAAUUGCAGAGAGGAACAGGGAGCUUCAGCUACCUUACAUUUACUUGUCCCCAGAUCGCAUUGAGAACAGCGUGGCCAUCUGAGCCUGGAAUACGCCUCCACGGCACUGCGGCACCUAGGAAACGGUUCUGCCAAGGCAUAACGUUGUCACAGUAUGGAGACAACGUCACAGUACUGUUACUCAUCCCCCACACCACUUCAUGCUUUUAAAACCUCUGAUGAUAGCCCUUUCAUGCUCAUUAGCACAUCCAUGCAUUCACACUUUCUGUAUUUGCUUACUGGUAGUGCGGCUCAGUACAUUUCCAAACAGACACAGGUGAAAAGACAUGUGAUGACACACGAGGAAGAGAAAGAGGGAGGCCUCAGCCAGGCCUAAGACCCGCUCCCAUCUGUCAUGUUUAUAUACUUCU